CACUCCGAAGACUAUUGGAGAAACAACGAUAUUCAUGCGGCAACCUAUCAUAAACAGCUUUCCCUAUUCAGCUACAUUCGAGCGACGGGAAGGAGUGACUGCAUUUGGGAGGGGACAUACCUUACAGGAAGCUGUGGAGACAUGAGUGGGAUGUACACAGUGCAGCCGAGGAAGGCAGUUAUGACUGGUAGGGAGCAUUCUUGCUGGAACGGUGAUAGCGAACUGCCUCGUGUCUUGGGGCGUGUAUGGGACCGAGUUAGUUAGGGUGGUGAAGUAAUAUAGAAACGCACAAUACAUGCACCUUAGAAAAAGACGCCCACAAAUUACAAUCCAUCGACCACUGCGCUCAACACUAUCAACCUCCAGUAAAAUGUCGAACCUCAUUCCAAGUACCACGCCCCUUCGAACUUUUAUAAAUCACGAGAAGUCCGUGAAGGCAAUCGCAGUUUUCCCCGAUAAGCGACGGAUAGUUACGAGCUCAGGCGACAAGAUACUUCGUCUUUGGGACUUGGAGACAGGUGUUGUGUUGAAGGAGAUGGAAGGGCAUAGCCGUGAGGUGUAUGCAUUGGCGGUAUCACGAGAUGGUCAAAUAAUAGCAAGCGGUGAUGCAAGUGGAGAGGUCAUCGCCUGGCACGGUAAAACUGUGCUGGCCACUGGUUCAGACAACACGAAGCUUUGGUGUACCAAAACAUGGAAGAUGCAAGGAGAUCCAAUCAAUUCUGACUACAACUAUUUUGUCAGAUUCUGUGCCUGCUGCGUUCGAUAUUCGCCUUCUGGUGAACUUCUUGCCAUCGCAACAACUGGCGACAAUAUCCAAAUUUAUAAUACAGGCACAAGAGAAUGCGUCGCAUCUUUCACAGGUCACACACUUGCCUGGACGCCUGAUGGCACACGCUUGCUUUCAGAAGACAUUAGUUGCAUACGAGAGUGGAACACAUCAACCUGGCAGCAGGUCGGUCAUCCAUGGAAAGGCCACACGGAACAUAUCAAUGCCAUUGCCAUCAAUCCUGCUGGUACCCUCGUUGCUUCUGCAUCUGUGGACCACCAUGUCCGUCUCUGGCAAUUCUCAGAUGGACGAACCAUCGCCAUCUUCCAGCAUUCAUUCAUCCCGAGAUGUGUCACGUUCUCUAUGGACGGUAAGCACCUCCUCAGCGGAGGUUACGAUAACAAGAUCUCAGAGUGGGCAGUGCCCAGCAAUGUUCAUUCAAAGAUCCUGGCUAUCACGACGGCCCGCGAAGCAUGUGUAACUGGAGACCUGUCUAUUGCUGAGGAGCUACUCACGCAAGAUAUCCACACCGACGCCAACGACUUUACUGCAUAUGCCAAUCGCUCAUUCGUUAUGGCUCGGAAACACGCUUGGGACAACGCCCUUGAGGAUGCAAUCAAGUCCAUCAACAUUCAGCCUUCGUUGACCGGUUACAUCUCCAAAGGUAUCGCCCUCUGUGGAAAAGGUCUUGUCUGGGAAGCAAUGAUAGCAUUUGAUGGCGCGUCCAUGUUCGCGAACCAAGAUUCAGAAACCAACCAAUUUCUUCUUUUGAUAAAGGCGAUCGCACUCUUCAAUGCAGAUCAACAUGAGGAAUCAUUGCUGCUCAUCAAAGAACUUGCUGCUGCUUGUCCGGACACCGAUCCUCUUGCGCGUCUUACCGUGGAGACAUAUCUACGCGUUCAGCUCGGCAUCAAGGCUUUGGAUGAUGCGCGUCAUGACGAAGCCGUUGACCACUUCACUGCCGCUGUCAACUCCACUGCUUUCUCAUCGAAAUAUAUUCAUUUUCUAUACCAGGACUUGAUCGUGCUCUUCGGCUGGGACCUCGAGUCCGUGUUGCUAACGACACAUCAGAAACGGUGCCAGGCAUUCCUUUUGGCAGUCAAACCUGAUAAAGCCCUUGAAGCACACAAAGACAUGAUAGCCGCCAUUGAUGAAGCUGCGAGGGCCAGCUGCCUCGAUUGGUCCAAUGAAUUCAUGGAGCGAUGUAACGUGCUCUGUGCUGCCAACGGAGAUGUUGCUCUCGCUGCGAGCGAUUAUGACAAGGCUAUUCGCCUAUACUCGGCGAUAAUCAACUCCAAUUCUGCAUCUCAUUCCGUCUUCGCAAAUCGCAGUAAGGCAAAGUUGGGAAAAAUGCUAUGGACGGAAGCACUUCUCGAUGCACAGGAGGUCAUUGAAAUCGACCCUUUAUCUUAUAAUGGAUAUAAAUUGAAGCAUGCAGCGCUUCACGGUGCGCGGCGCUAUGAUGAAGCGAUUCAGGCCUUCCAAACGAUGCUCUCAAAAUUGGACAAUGCACCCGACAUUCAGACACAAAAGCUAUGCCAGCAGUAUUUGAAACCCUCCGAAGUAGAAGGUGUCAUUCAACGGGUCAUUGAUGCUCAAUUUAACAAUGCCCCGCUGCGUGUACUAGACACCACCACCGGUCUCUUAUGUGAUCGAGAGACGCAGAUAAGCGCCUUUAAAACGAGCACAGAGUACAAGGAGAUUGUGUCAUCAACGAUCACGCAUGGAGACUUGCACAUGAAGCACAUCGAAGAAGUGGUGAAGAGGUACUUCCAAUAUGCCAUGCUGUCACACAGGUGGGAAGGGAAAGAGCCGCUGCUGCAGGAUAUUCAGGGCAAGGGCGCAUAUGACUCGGAGCUGGAUCAUAUUGGCGGCAUGACGAAGCUGCGGUCGUUCUGCAAAACUGCUCGCGAUGCGGGGUAUAAGUGGGCAUGGAGCGAUACAUGCUGCAUCGAUAAGAGCAACAACGUCGAACUUCACGAAUCGGUUAACUCUAUGUUCGUCUGGUAUCAUCACUCCGCGCUAACGAUCGUCUACCUGUCUGACGUUCACCCAUCGUCAAAGUCUGGCGCACUUUCAAAAAGCGCUUGGAACACGCGCGGAUGGACAGUUCAAGAAUUCGUCGCUCCCAAAGUCAUUCUUUUUUAUCAGAGCGAUUGGACUCUUUAUCAUAAUGACCAUACUACCAACCACAAGGAUUCCAUCGCAAUAAUGCAGGAGUUAAAGGAGGGGACAGGCAUAGACCGACUAGCUGUCGCGGCCUUUCGUCCCGGUAUGAACAGCGCCCGGGAAAAACUUCAUUGGGCAUCAACCCGCAUUACCACGCGUCAGGAAGACAUCGCAUACUCCUUGUUCGGUAUCUUUGGCGUCCGCCUGCCUGUAGAUUAUGGCGAGAAGCUGGACACGGCGCUUGGACGGCUCCUGCAGGAGAUUGUGGCUCGGUCCGGCGACAUCACUGGCCUCGAUUGGGUCGGAAAAGCAUCAGAGUUCAAUAGCUGUCUGCCAGCCUCCAUCACUUCAUACAAAGCUCCACCAUACAAACUACCACUUCUCCCCGAAGAUGAAAUUCAGUCAUCGGUUUCUUCUCUGCGAAAGACAGAAGCUGUGGGUUUUGCUUCGAGUCUUUAUACCCUCCUUCGGGACACGAGCGCUCCUCGCUUCGCAGCACAAAGACUACAUCUACCUUGCAUUGCAUUCAAUAUCAGGGAAAUCAGACGGGUACCCAGCCCAGCUCCAGACACUCACUUCAAGUAUAGAGUGAAUGCAGAUGGACUUCGGGACUUGUUUAUCACCACCGCAGAGACCCUGAUUCAGUUCUGGCCGGCAAGGCCGAUCGAGCAAAAAUUUGUCCUUGUCCGUCCCUGGGAUCGGUCUCUCCUGGAGCUUCCUGACUUUGCAGAACCGCCUGAAUCCGUAGAACCAUCUGACUAUGAAAACAAUAAGGAGAACGAGGAGGAUUGUUGCACGCCGCCUUCUUCUCCGUCAGACGACUCGUUUGGUGGUUCUCCUGGAAGACAGGACGUAUUUGACCUAGAAUCACGAGCAUUGCGGUUGCUUGUUCGCCUUGGGCAGCCUUUCAGUGCAUUUUUACUAGCGCAGCAGCGCAGUGGAGAAUACAAGAGGAUCGUAACGGAUCAUGAUAUCGUUGGACAGAUCAAGGAUGUAGUUUCUGUCGGAGACCUGAUGGACGUCAGAACCAUGGAAAUAUUGUAGUCGAUUGUCUUCUAUUUCAAAGUUUAUGGACCUCUGAGCGGUUUGAUCUACAUUUGUGAUUUAGAGAUGAUACUCGUGCAGUCUAGGUUUCAUAUAUGCACGCGUAUCGGUCCAUAGAUGGGGUACCUGCAUAUGAGUACUACAUCGAUGACAUUGGUCAC